AUGGAUUCAGAAGAGGAAGAAAUGGACCCUGAGUGCAAGACAACAAUUCUGAAGUAUGUCUCUGAGGAAGUAUUUGCUGAAAUGUCUAAAAUUGAUAAAGUGCAAUUUUUUAAUAGAAUAGAGCACUAUGAACAUCUUGUUACAAAAAAAGGCUUUGAAAAUUUACCACGGCCUACAUAUACAGUCUCAUGCAUUAGGGAAAAAAUAGUCUCACAAAAGAAACCCGCCAAGAAAACUGGUCCCAAAGCCAGGACUGUAGUGGGAAUCAUUUUACCAUUUUUUGAUAGUAAAUGUGUAGUGGCAUCUGUAGCCAGGGAUUCUGUUGAUGCGAAAUUAAUUUUUGUGAUAGGCUAUGUGUCAGGAAAGCUGGCUCGGAAGUUCUGUCCUCAAUUAUUUUGA